UUACUCUUUAACCGGGUUCAUCCACUCUCGCCCUCCACAUCUUUAUUAUAUCCCCUUGCUUUCUUUACAACUUUUGGGAUAAAAUGACAGUUAUUAAAUAUACCAGUGCCCAUACUUUUUAUUAUAAUCGCUAAAUACUAUAUAGGGAAUGUUAAGAUGACAUCACGCCGUGUUAAAUUUUGGGUGACAUUUACGCAGCUGGCGUUUUUCUCAGGUGCAUUUUUAAGAAGUGACGUACAGAGCCCAGUAAAGUAGAAAGUAUUUGUUGUGAGGAGAUACAGAGGUCGUCACUUGACUGAGGCAUGAUACCUGCCAAACAAUAACUUCUGAUGGGUCCAGGAACACCUAAGCUUCAUCAGGAUCUAUAUCCUACAUUAGACCCUCCAUCACACACAUCCUGUGAAGCCAUGGCCUCCAGUCUUCCUCUUUUCCUGUUAGUCCUGUGCAGUCUGAGUGUGGCUCAGUCCCAGCUGAAGCUGUUUAACCUGCGGGCCAGCAAUCUUCCCUCUGACUUGUUGGGAACCACAGACGGCUAUGUCAAGGUGUUCUGUGGCUCAGCCACUCUGGGUACAACAUCCAUCCGUAACAACAAUGUGAACCCCUGGUGGGAGGAGGAGUUCGCCUACUUCAAGGCCCAGCAGAACGAUGUACUGAGGCUUGAGGUUUACGACAGUGAUGUCAUCUUUGAUGACCUGCUGGGAGUCUGCCAGCGUCAGAUCAAGCUGGGAACCCAUGAGCAUGACUGCUUCCUGGAGAAAGAACCAUUCAUCCGAUUGAUAUUGCUGAGGAUUCAAUGGAGUGCGGUUCUCGAGGACACUGCAAGCAGCCAUACCGCUGUUCUCGACAACACUGAAAGCAUCAAUACUGGGAACCAAGCAAUCGGCCCAUUCCGAACAGCCACGUCCCAAUUGGGCAAUGCACUAGUACAGCUAAAAACAUGGACAACAAAGCUGAACAAAGAUAAAACCUCCUGUGACGCCAUGGUCUCCAGUCUUCUGCUCUUCCUGUUGGUCCUAUGCAGUCUGACUGUGGCUCAAGCCCAGCUGAAGCUGUUUAACCUGCAGGCCAGCAAUCUCCCCUCCAGCAUCCUGGGAACCACAGACGGUUAUGUCAAGGUGUUCUGUGGCUCCGUCCCUCUGGGUGAAACGUCUGUUCGCAACAACAACCCAAACCCAUGGUGGGAGGAGGAGUUUACCCACUUCAAGGCCCAGAAGAAUGACAUACUGCAGCUUGAGGUUCAUGACAGUGACUUCAUCAUCGAUGACCUGCUGGGAGUCUGCCAGAGACAGAUCAAGCUGGGAACCCAUGAGCAUGACUGCUUCCUGGAGAAAGGCGGAAUCCUCCAUUACUCCUAUACCCUUGGUAGAAAAAGUCAUUAGGCUUGUAUAAAUGUAUCUGACCUUUGGCCUUUGCAGGCAGCCUGUAUUUACUACAGCAUCACUACACCUUGAUGUAUGGUUUUAAGAGACUAGUGUGUAGGUUCUCCUAGUCCUCAUUCCAUUAUUCAGGUCUUUGAUCUGACAUUACUCAGAAAGAUGGAAAUUGCUUUAUUCAAUAAAC